AUUACGUCGUGUGCUUUGCAUUUUAUUUUACGUCUACAUUACCUUGCUUAUUCAUGUUACCAUAUGUGCAGUGAUUUAACUUCCGAGUUUGACUAACGUGAGCGCGCUUGUUGGAGUUUAAUUUUCUUACGCCCAGUCCGACUUUGAUCAGAAGACGCCGAGGUGUACUAAGUUGCCCUUGGAAAUGGCUCAUCGAAUAUAGUUCAAGAUUGUAAUGUCGUAAACCUCCACACUGAAGACGGUGAACUUGAUUUCCUUCUAUUCACGGCAGCUGGCAUGAGAAGUUUGGAAUAAAUACUUCCUUGGUCGACCUACGUGAAACUAAAAACAAAAAACAAUCUUAAACUGAAAAGAAUAUAACAGAAAUUAUAUAAGGGAAAGAAAGUCCCAGCAAUUGUACAUGUGUGCCAAAUGAUUUCGUAUUCUUUAUGGCAGUUUAGAAUGUUGAAUCUAUUUUGGCUAGGAAUAGCGUGUUUUACUUUGCUUCAAGACCCCGCAUCGGCAAUAACUGGUAAGUAAAAAAAUUUAGCUAUAGAUUUGUUGUUUAAAUAACAAUUUUAUGUACUUUAAGGUGUUGACUGUCAUCGUUUAAUUCAUCGUUAUUUUGGUAACAGCCAAAAAGGCAUUGCGAUACCUUAACUAGUAUUGAGCUCGUAUUGUUUUGGUCGAUGGCGUAAACUAUCUCACGUAUGAAUGGUUUUUGAAAAACUUUUAGAGAACAUUGUUGGACAGUUGUUGGACUAUGAAAGCUUCGGCAUAACAGGCAUGGAGCUAAACUAUCCACCGUUUAAGAUUUCAUAUAAAGGAUGGAAAGUAAAUUAUACUCUACAGUCCUUAAUAAAUUUGAUGAUGCGAUAAGUAAGGAUUGCUAUCGAGAUAUUAUUAAACUGUUUUGAUAUCAUCCUUGUACUAGAAGGGCGGGGCUGGGUGUGGUGUCAGUCAUUUGAAAUUUGUGACUUUUGAGCCGUGCAAUUUUGCUGUUUUUUUUUUUAACACCUGCGGUUGCAGCUUUUGUAGUAACACUUCAAUGGUAUAAGGAAAGAAACUUUCGAGUAGUACAAAAGUAAUUCCGCUUUCACGCUUCUGAGUAGGACCACUAUCGUAGUUCGAAAAAUAUCAGCAUCAUGUUUAUUAUCCGAUGCACAAAUACUGAGAAAAACUGACAGAUAAUGAUAGUGAUAAACAUGCACACAUAGCAGUGAUUGGAUAUGUUUACAUUGUUGAUGAUGAUUGUUGUUUGUUUUCUUCAAUACUUUGGGGCAACAAAGUUCAUAAACGCCUUUUUCGAUUUCAGAGGUGAAGUGAGAGCCUAUAUAUUGGGUAUUUCAGACGAAAUCGAAGUUGCGACGAUCGUUUAUGAUGAGGCCACGAUCUUAGCGGUUAAAGCGAAGAUCUCAUAGCCAUUUUAAUCAAGUUGCUUAUUUCUCUCGUUUCUGUCUUCGUUUUGCUUUCGCUGAGUUGGUUAGUAGGAUUACCACGCAAAGCAGUUUAUUCUUGAUAUGCGACGAUGUCACCUGAAAAAUCGACGAUUUGACGGAAAUCGAUUUCCGCAGGUACCCAUACAUGCCAGACGUUCAAUUGAGAUGAGGAAAUGAUAAACUAAAGGUCGCUUGGGUAAAAAUGGGACCGGUCAUCCUCCUAAUUUGAUUUAACUGAGUUCAUGGGAUUUGCGACAAGAGCGUGUACGGUUAAAUGAACAACGCAGAAUGGCCCCUUAGCUUUAAAUUUUGACUCGUUCGCUUUGUUGAUGGCACAGCGCCAAAGUACCCCUUAACAAGCUUUAAUAGGAGCAUACCUAGGGGAUAAAAACCUCUUUUCCGCAAAACGUGGCAUAACUUUCUAGGGAACCGUCUUUCAUGAUCAAAGAUGAAACUUCUAGUUUCCGUCAGUCCACGUCAGUGUUGUAUGAAUGUUCAUGUUUUUUCAGAUACAGAAACUCAGACAAUAGAGGAAGGAGGCAAUAUCAACCUUACUUGUGGAGACAGAAACCACUCUUCCAGUACCGUAUUGUCCUGGAACAAAGACGGCGAAGAUGUGCUUGUUAACAUUACCUCUUUCAAUCAGUCCAUACUAGUGUUGUCUAAUCUCGAGACAAGUGGUAGUGGCUUGUAUGUUUGUACAGCUAACUCGUCUGUGGUAUUGAGAAGAGUAAGGCUCACUGUCAUGAAAGGUGAGAAGUGAAAACCGUAACCCCAAAAGACUUGAGCACUGUUCUCUUCCAAGGACACACGCGUCUCUUCACACAACUUGACCGGACUAUGAUAAUGAGUUACUCGUAUUAAAAACUGGGGUUAACGAUUCGGUGAGGUAAUGCAUGCUCAAUAUUGGGAAGACCACUCUAAUUGCAAAAAAACGAUCGACCUCCUUAAGUUAUUGGACACGGCUUCAGUUUCUUCAGUGUUAUAUUAUAGGCUAUACAAGAACCUUGAAAGGAAUUCCUGAAAUGCAAUUUGUUCUGUCAAAUUCUGAAUAAUUUCAUCAGAAUGGCCAGUCUCUGGACAUGUAAGGGCAUUUUGAGUAAACAGACGAAAGGUAAGCAACGGCGGGGUAAAAGACUUUAGCGGUUAGAAAUGAAAGGUUAUAUUAUUUGUUAGGUGGGGAAAAUAUCAACCAUUAUGGUAAUAUGUGACUAUACCAAGGUAACAAAUUUGUUUCAUUUUAGCCUAGCAAAUAUAACAUAGGCGCAUAUUAAUGAACGAUUAUUUUGUUUUAAAUUUUUUUAUGUGGCAGGAUACGGGACGGCGCUGCCUAGUUAAAGCUACACUUUAUUCCUUUUUUGUCACCAAAAAAGCCCGCGCUUUUCGCGACGAGUGGGCUAUAACAUAUAGCCUAGUAGUAGCUCAACCAAUCAGAACGCAGCAUUGAUAAUAGACCACUAGUUGGAUUUUACUAACUGACAUCAAUCAUAACUAAAGGCUUGGUUACCAAUGGUAGCAACGGAAAAAACCAACUCAUUGGAUUUUACUAAAACAAUUAUUCCUCUCGCCCUCAUGGCCUCUGAGUUAAUAGCCCAUUCGGCACUUCGGCCUCAUGGGCUAUUGGUUGACUCAGAGCCCAUUCGGGCUCGAGGAAUAAUUGUUAAAUAUUCCCUAGAUUAAGUUACAAUAAGGCAAAUGAUACGUUUUUGAAUAGUCUUAGAAAGAACGAAGUUGAAGCCCAAAUUGAAUUUACCUUAACAGUUAUGGAAAGGGAAGGGUCAGCUGUUAUUGAUGUACCAGUGAAGAAAGACAGUUUGUUAGUUUAUGUACUUAAAUUUUUCGUAAUUUUGGCGGAUCGGUGAGGAAGUGAAGUGAUAAGGGAGAGAGAUUAGGAUACGAAAAGUCCGGGUUCGACCCUGGGAUGCGACAUUCUUUCUUUUUAAUAGGAACAGUUGUACAGUACCGCAAAUGAUCCCCAACCGCAAAUGAUCCCGAGACCGCAAAUGAUCCUCGACCGCAAGUGAUCCUCAAAGUCGACCACAAAUGAUCCCGAAAGAAAAAUAGGAAUGGCUUAGACUCGAGUAAGCGGAUCAUCGUGUCGUUUUUAUUAUUAUUACAAAAAGUUAGAUUAAAAGCUAAAUUUUAGUUCUUAAAUAAAUACAUGAAUAAAAACUAACUGGAAAAAAAUCAUUCAAGUGUAAAAAAGAAGUCGGUAGGCAACACACGACUUUUACCUCAUGCCAAAAUGCUGCUUGUUCCAAGGAAUUUUUCUCUGACGGGUAGAUUAUACCUCUGAAGGAAAACGUUUUGACUGAGUAAAUGUGAUUUUUGCUGCUUAUUUCAUACUGAGAGGUCAUGACACGCAUUUUCUGCCGUUAUUGUUGUUUCUGGUCGACAUGAUUUGUCCUUUAAUGCAAGAGCAUUUCCUUUGACCUCUUUUGGAAAUGCAAUGCUUUUCAUUGCGGCUAAAUAAGGGUUUUAGGUUGUUUAAUUUUCUUUAAAAUGCCUCAUGGAUCCGAAUAAUUAUAAGCGACUUUCCGUGAAUUUGACGGUUGAGGGGCACCCAACGAGGAUACAGUUCAAAACCACUUAACACAGCAUUGUUGAACGUAUUUUAGUAUUCAAACGGUAGAUAUAGGCAUAUUUUUAUCCCCUAAAAACUUUUCAUCUGUUCGGAUUUCCUAGCUGAACGUUUAGUGAUCCGAAAAUUAUAGGGAUAAAAACUUACCUUCUCGAAAAUUUCAGCCAGGAAAAGGCUCCCGAAAAAUUCUAGGUGGCCUUUUUUAGUGUCAAAAUCCGUUAAAAAUGGGUAAUUACCGUAAAAUUCCGAAAAUAAGCCCCGGGGCUUAUAUUUUUCAAAGGCCCUUUUUGAGGGGCUUAUUCACGGAGGGAAAUUUCCGUUUCAAAAUCGAUUGGGCUAGACUUAUAGUUUCAAGUAAAUUAGCCGUUUUUGCUUUGUUUUACUUUGUAUUUGAGGGCAAUUUUCCAAGUACAGGCCCCCGGGGGCUUAUAUUUGGAGGGGCGAUUUAACGGAGGGUUUUUUGCAUUACGAGUUUGGGGGGCUUUUAUUUGGAGGGGCUUAUACAUGGAGGGGCUUAUUUUCGGAAUUUUACGGUAUACCAUUUUGUCCUGCAUUUUGUAGAUGUUCGAAAAUCCUAGGAGAGGCAGGCAAGCAAGAAAUUUUACAACAAAUGCUCCGAAAAAUCUCAAAUCGUCUUCCGAACAGAUAUUUUCCCGAAAAUUGCCGUUGGGUGCCCCUGACGGUUCCUACGAUGUUUUGUCACGCGAUAACUACCGCUCAAUGUAUCGGGUUGGGGUUUCUCGUUACCACGUUUAGAUUCCUGGUAACUGUCUGCAGCAAAGGCACAAGAAAUGGAUAUACAUAUAAGCGUCAAUAUAACUAUUCGCAACAUGUUCAUAAGCUGUAAGUAAGUUGUUCUUUCGAAAUAAACCGAAACCUGUGGACAUUGAUAAAUUCGGGGGCAUUUUGACUUGUGUUUAUUUCAAAUCAUGUCUUGUUUUGUAACGGGCACUCCCAGGCCUGGGGCACUCCUCAGUUACGAACCAAUGUCUUGCUGUUCAUCACGUAAAAUUAACACUUCAGAGAAAAAUCAAAACUAAAUAAUCUGGAAAUUAAUUCGACACUUCUAAAAAGAUCAGUAAAGUCAAUAAAGCUGUUGUUAUGUAGAGGGUGCCCGGCUUUGUAUUCGUCAGUAGACAAGUUGAGCUUGGGCGUUAAAAUAAUAGAGUUUUUUCUGCGUAAUGUCCUGCCUGUCUUAAAUUUUCAGCGACGAAACAGUUCUUGAAAGAAAAUUGAAGCAAUUGACAAAGGAAGAAUUAUAUACGGUUGAUACCAUAUCCUUUUCAGAUUUAUUCUACUUUUUUUCGCCUUCUAUAAAUUGACCUGAGAUGUAGCGUCCUCCUUCCCUUUUUCUUUAGAAGGCGCGAGAAAAAGGUUCCUUUUUUAUAAUCAGUCCUUUUUUGUAAUCAGUCCCAUAAAAUCCAUUCCAUUCCUCAAGUUUUCACGGGAUCAUUUGCGGUCGACUUUGGGGAUCACUUGCGGUCGAGGAUCAUUUGCGGUCCAUUUUGGGGAUCAUUUGCGGUCUCGGGAUCAUUUGCGGUUGGGGAUCAUUUGCGGUACUGUACACUCUCAAUACCAGGUUAAAAAUUUUCCAAGUAUUUUAAAAAUGGCAGCGACCUUUUAUGAAAGGGACAAACACGUCGGCGUUACUCAUAGGUCUCCACUGAGUCACUUGUGUCCAGAAAUGCACAUAACUCGGACAUGCAGAACUUCAUAUUAGACGCAAUAAAGUGUAAUUCCGUACAACGCAUUUCUCUUUAGGGUUAGGGCCUUGUUGAAAUUAAAGAAGGUGACGUCUAUCAUAAAGACCAUGAAUAUCAUAAGUGUACAUUUAAAUACAGUGAAACCCCGCCUCACGGCCACCUCGUCAGUCAUUACGGCCACUUUUUUUGGCCGCCUGGCAAAACGGCCAUACAUUUUCUUAUAUAAGACCCUCGUUAAUACAGUCACCUCUUAAUACGGCCAAAUUUUUUUGGCCCGUUGGUGACCGUAUUAACGGGGUUCCACUGUAGAACCUAUUCACGAUACCCGUCAUCUUUGAACGCGCUUUAAGAACUGAUGGGAUAAAAGCAAAUUACUCCUAUUGGCAAAUUUUAACACAUGUUUGCCCCCAGAGAAACCACGUGACAUUGCUCUUUUCCCAUGCAUCCUGAAGCGCCUGCAAAGAUGGUGGGCAUCAUGAAUAAUAAGGUCUAUUCUGGUCAUAACUUGAUCAACGUUAGUUUCUAUUUUUAGAUGUAACAGCAGUACAAGAGGAAACAGCCACACCACAGGAAGGACUGACACGAGUGGAUAUCAUUGCUAUUAUCCUUGGGCUUGCCCUUACCGCCUUCAUAGUUGUCUCAAUAUUACUGUUGCUGUAUCGAGCAGAAAAGCGUCGCAAAAAGACGAAAUACGUGGAUAGGUGGCAAGUUGAUAUACAAACAAAUGUGAGUAGAGACUACUAGAGACCAGAUAAGAAAAACAAACCACAAAUUCAGAAAUUCGGAAAUGCAGUACCUAACCCUCCCAAGGGCGCCAGAAAUUUUAACUAGUGUAAAGUACUAGACAAAAAUUUUAACCUCGUGGGUGAAAGUGUAGCCAAAUAGCUUUAAAUGGUUUAAAUUAGACCAACCUCUGAAUCAGCAAGAAGCCCAAGCUACCAAACUACACAGUAUUGCUCGGUAUCACCGUAUGGCUAUACUUCCACGAUGAUAAAAGGAGGCUAAAGCACGACUCUGACGGUAACGGAAAAGUCAAAAAGCAGUAGGUUUAAAAGGGCAUAACAAUCUUUUCUACUACACGUGUCUUUGCCGUCACUGCUUGGCUACGACAGGAAACUUCCUAAUAUUUCAUGUUUUGUAGGGGACAUACUCUCAAUUAAUUAAGACGACGUCUCCUCUCUUUCUGAGUCAGUUAAAAGAAAAAUAUCGGCUAAAAUUGACAAAUUGAAGCCGAAUUAUUGUUUCAAAUUUUUUGAAGAAAUGUUUACAAGUGCUGUCGUUUUCUUAGUGUUAAAUCAGAACCUCGACGACGGCAACUAAGGAGAGAGGUCCUGCGAAGUUACUAUACCGUAAAUGAUCGAUUAAGCGCCGCGGCGCUAAUUUCAUUUUCCCUGUUAAAGGUGCGGUGCUUAUUCGAGAGUGGCGCUUAGUUCAUCUACUGGUAAAACACUGGGGGCGAAAAAAGAGAGAAUUACUUGAGGCGCCUACUAGGUAUGAUUUCGAAUGAAAUACAAGAGGUAUCAUGAACGCAGUUUCUCGGUCUCUGAAAGUAUUGCUGCUCAAAUAUAAGAGGUAAGAUGAUCACAGUUUCUCAGUCUCUUUGUGAAACAAAGGUGGGGCGUUUAUUUGUAAAUACUCAAAUUAGCCCCGCGGCGCUUAUCAAUUAUUUUCGGUAAAGGUGCUGUGCUUAUUCGAGAGCACUGCUUAUUCAAGUAGCGGCGCUUAAUCGAUCAUUUACGGUAAACACAUCACUUAGUGUUCCUCUAGAUUAACUUGCUUUUCGUAAAACACUCUUCAGGAAAACAUGUCGGUGGGAGAAGAACUCACAAGAAUCCCGCCAUCUCGUCGUGCUCUCUUCAUGAGGAUUGGGCGAGAGCUAAACAGACCACCACCGCCUUACAGAAAACCAACGAGUCAAGUCAGCGACAGUUAUGGCACAAAAUAUGGAGUUGACGAGAAUGCAAACAAAAACAACAACGAUAGAAUCUUGCAGUGGCGAUUUACAGCUUAUUUGUAAAUAAAUACAUAUACACCGUGAUUUUUAGGGAGUUAUUAUAACUCCAAAAAUGGAGUAAAAAUUUUAGGUACAGAUAACCCCUUUUUUGGGGUUAUUUUAACUCCUAAUUUAACCCCGAAUUUGGGGUCAUUUUUACUCAUGAAAAAGAGUUCCUUUUACUCCCAGUCUGGAGUUAAAAUCACUCCGAAAUGGGGUUAAUUUUACCUCUUACAUGGGUUGUUUUUACUCUUUUUGGAGUUAAUUUAACUCUGAAAGUGGAGUAAAAACUUUAGGUACAGGAUAACUCAUUUUUGGGGGCUAUUUUAACUCCUCAAUAUCUGGGGUCACUUUUACUCCUGACAAAGAGUUCUUCUUGGAGUUAAAAUAACUCCCCAAAAAUAACUCCACUGUAAGGAGUUAAAUUAGCCCCACUAGAGGAGUUAUUAUAACUCCUUGAAAAUUACUGUCUAUCUUUCCUCCAGCAAACAGAACGAUUCCAGUCCCACAAGGGCAAAUUUGAUGACAACGCAUGUGCAUUGCAUCAUGUGUGCUGUUUCGUCCUUAGGCUUUCUCCUUUCCCAUUUGCCCCCGCGAAACUCAUCACUCAAGUUUCCCAUGCCAAGUGUACGUAGGGACUGAUUAGGACGAGCCUUACGUUUUUGUUUAUAUGUAACUUUAUUCCAAAGCCGAAUAUGUCUGUAAACAGAAAUGUAGUACGGAAAAAUUAUUUGAAAAUUAGUCUCCCGAGAUAUUGGAAUUGGAAAUCCUAUAGUGAAAGAACGAAUUUUACUUCAUUUCAACACGAACAGAGAUAAGGAUAGAAUUGGUGUUUUGCCACAGUUUUAUCCUCUCUUGCCACAAUGCAAGCUGAUAUUUUCUUCAUUAUUUCGAUUUCAACUGGGAUGUUCUGGUUUGGUUUCAUCCUUGGCUGCAAAAAUUGAAUUGAACCAAGGGUUGAAAAUAAACCUCAACAAAUGCUACCUCGAUGUCUACUGUGCUUUCCAGUGCUGAUGGCCCAAAAUGUCACUGGCAUCACUGUUUGACGAUGUACCUCAACUGUUUUGCUAACUCAAAUGUAAGAGAAUGUGUCGAUAUUCUACGCAAAGCAACCUUUAAUUUGGACGCACGCAGGAGCCCUUAGGUGCGCGAAUAAGCAUCGAUCGCUCGUAAAUUAUGUGCAAUUGUCAGAAAAUGAAUGAAGUAAGUAAUUGAGGCACUGGCUUUUCACUGGUGCAUCGCGUUGGAGGCACAAAAUACUGUACUAUAUAUAUUAAAAUCAGUUUUAGCUAAAGAGGUUCGGUACCGUGGAAUAGUUUGCCUGUUGAGCUGCGGCAAGCGAGAACUCUUCUUUUAAACACGGUUGCAGUGAUCUCUUUUGAAAUAUUUCUUUAAUCACGGUAAUCUUGUAAAGCAGGUACGUUUAAUUAGUUAAAGUUUAGAAUUAGUUAAAUAGGUUAAAUCUUUUAAGUAGUUCACUUUGCCUGAUGAUUUUUAACCUUGGAUAAAUAAAGUUCUUGUUGUUGGACGAAGUU